AUGUUAUGUUGUGGGUCAGAGAUAAUUCAAGUGCAUUUGGCUGAAUAUGGUGUGCAUUGGAAUUUCUUCUUUACGCUUGCUGCUAUCUCAAUCCUUACAUCCUUUAUUAACAUUCCUCCACAAUAUUCUGGGGUUUUUGGAUCACUUGUCCUAGUAGGGUAUCAGUUCUGUUUGAUGCAUGGUUUAAAUCAUUAUUUGCUUUCAAAUGAAAGAGGAACGGAUAUCAUAAGUCAAAACAAGGAGGGGAUUUUUAGCAUAUUUGGAUAUUGGGUUAUGUACCUUAUUGGUGUUCAUAUAGGAAACUAUCUUCUCUUUGGAAGCCAUUCCACUGCAUUUAAGAGUAGCAGAUGGUUUCAGAUGAGAGUUUGGGUUCUAUCAAUCCUGUUCUGGUUAUUAACUGUGCUUCUAGAUAGGCUUGUGGAAAGAAUUUCACGGAGAACGUGCAACCUGCCAUAUGUUACUAUGGUGUUGGCUGACAAUCUACAGCUAUUGUCAAUUCUAACAUUGGCCGAUCUUAUUCCUGGAAGUAAAACUACAGUACUUGAAGAAGCAUUUAAUCGGAACUUACUCGCUACAUUUCUUCUGGCAAAUCUCCUCACAGGGUUGGUAAACUUGUCGAUUGAUACCCUGUCCGCUUCAUCGACCAUAUCUGUUUUUAUCGUGCUUGUUUAUGCUUAUAUUUUAUCAACUGUGAUUGGAAUUGCUGAUUAUUUUGGUAUAAAGUUAAAAUUUUGGUGAAGAAGCUAUUUGAUAUGUUGUAUAAUUUGUCAUAGUUUAUUAUAACUUAUAAAAGAUUUAUUUAUUUAUCA